AUGAUUUAUAAAGUAGAUUCUUCUUGCAUUUUAGAAUAAGGUAUUAAGGUUAAUCCUAAUGUCCCAAAAUUAUAAAAUAAAGCUAAAUUUGUUGACUUAAAUGUGAAGUCAAAAUAGUCAGUACUAUUUAAGAAUUACUGUAACUAUAAAGUAUGUCUUUCUAACUCAAGAUCGUUUUUGAAUAAACUUGAAUAUUGGUUAAAUAUAUAUAUAUACCUAUUUACAAUCCCUAAAGCUCCACCUUAUAAAAGUUAAAUUUCUGAUUCUGAAAAUUUAGAGCAGUCCAAAGUUAUCUUUUAAGAAGACUUUGAAUAUGCACUAAGCUUUUCGAAAUCCUUAAGAAAAUCCGUUUAGAAUUGA